AUGGGCACUGCCCACAGCGGGUGGACGCUGGCGCCGUGUGAGCGAGUGGAGACGCAGCACUCGUUGAGAGAUUUCCGGCCCCUUUACCAUCGGCUCCGUGCGUGCGCCAUGCGCGUGCGUUCCCAAGGGGGCCCCUUGCCAUCGACUCAUCAGCCCGUGACCGGACGCGCUCGCUCGCUCUCCUCCGCUCUCCCUUCUCGCGGGCGAGGAGGAGGGAGCCCCGCUCCGUUCGCUCCGCAGAGCCCCGACCACGCCGUCCCCUCCGCCCUGCCUCGCCACGUUGGUGUGGGGGUGCCGCAGCGGCGAGCGCGCCGCGUCACGGAGCCCAAGGCCUGUGCCCAGAGUUCAAUUCCCGCACAGGAGUCAUCUCUAGAGGAGUCAUCUCUAGAGGAGUCAUCUCUAGAGGAGUCAUCUGUAGAGGAGUCACCUCUAGAGGAGCCACCUCUAGAGGAGCCACCUCUAGAGGAGUCACCUCUAGAGGAGUCACCUCUAGAGGAGUCAUCUGUAGAGGAGUCACCUCUAGAGGAGUCACCUCUAGAGGAGUCACCUCUAGAGGAGUCACCUCUAGAGGAGUCAUCUCUAGAGGAGUCACCUCUAAAGGAGUCACCUCUAGAGGAGUCACCUCUAAAGGAGUCACCUCUAGAGGAGUCACCUCUAGAGAAGUCACCUCUAGAAGAGUCACCUCUAGAGGAGCCAUCUCUAGAGGAGUCAUCUCUAGAGGAGUCACCUCUAGAGGAGUCACCUCUAGAGUCACCUCAAGAGGAGUCACCUCUAGAGGAGUCACCUCUAGAGGAGCCACCUCUAGAGUCACCUCAAGAGGAGUCACCUCUAGAGGAGUCACCUCUAGAGAAGCCACCUCUAGAGGAGUCACCUCUAGAGGAGUCACCUCUAAAGGAGUCACCUCUAGAGGAGUCACCUCUAGAGGAGCCACCUCUAGAGGAGCCACCUCUAGAGGAGUCACCUCUAGAGGAGUCAUCUGUAGAGGAGUCACCUCUAGAGGAGUCACCUCUAGAGGAGUCACCUCUAGAGGAGUCACCUCUAGAGGAGUCAUCUCUAGAGGAGUCACCUCUAAAGAAGUCACCUCUAGAGGAGUCACCUCUAGAGGAGUCACCUCUAGAGGAGUCAUCUCUAGAGGAGUCAUCUCUAGAGGAGUCAUCUCUAGAGGAGCCACCUCUAGAGGAGUCACCUCUAGAGGAGUCACCUCUAGAGUCACCUCGAGAGGAGUCACCUCUAGAGGAGUCACCUCUAGAGGAGUCACCUCUAGAGGAGUCAUCUCUAGAGGAGUCAUCUCUAGAGGAGUCACCUCUAGAGGAGUCAUUUGUAGAGGAGUCACCUCAAGAGGAGUCAUCUGUAGAGGAGUCAUCUCUAGAGGAGUCAUCUCUAGAGGAGUCAUCUCUAGAGGAGUCAUCUGUAGAGGAGUCACCUCUAGAGGAGUCAUCUCUAGAGGAGUCAUCUCUAGAGGAGUCAUCUCUAGAGGAGUCAUCUGUAGAGGAGUCACCUCAAGAGGAGUCACCUCUAGAGGAGUCACCUCUAGAGGAGUCAUCUGUAGAGGAGUCACCUCAAGAGGAGUCAUCUGUAGAGGAGUCAUCUCUAGAGGAGUCAACUCUAGAGGAGUCAUCUCUAGAGGAGUCACCUCCAGAGUCACCUCUAGACCCUGACUCAUAGAGACCCGCAGAGACACCGACAGAGACCCACAGGUUAACACGGUUGGCUACGUACGGUGCGAUAGAAGUUCAACAAAUAUGUGAAUACUUACGGGGCUGCACUCAACGGUGGUAAUUCCACAUUCCUAUGGCCGGGGAUAAUGACAUGAACACCAACACCGGCAGAGUCGA